AUGGAAUCAUCGAAAACUGUUGAAAAAAUUGGAGAAAACGAUGAUGAUUUUAAACGAAGAGAACGAGAAAGUACUGAAUUAUGUCGUUUUCUUCAAGUAUUAAGAAUGACAUUUGAAAACGAACCCAUUAUAAUUGAAUCUAAAGCUAAAGGAACUAUUAAAUGCGAAGAAGACGUACAAAAAUUAAUUAAAAAUCUAAAAGUAUUAGGUUAUUUUUUUUCAAUUAGAACAUCCGAAAAGAAAAUUGAUAAAAAGUGUUGUAAGCUAAUGAUAAUAAAUAAAAAAUUUCCUCUUUGUAGUCAUCCAUACAGGGUUUUAAGUCAUGCACGAUAUUACUGUUCUCACAAAGAGAAAAGAAAAAAUAAUAUGGAAAAACAUACACAACCCAGACAAGUUUCAAGUUGUAAAGCAAUUUUAGAUAUUAGACAAGUUGAAAUAUUUUCAAAAGUUUCACUAGCAUCUUCAAGAAGACAGCGUAUUGAAAUGUUGAAAACGUUUAGACGUAGCUUGUAUUCGAAACAUCCUCCUGAAGGAGAAAUAAAAUAUUGUGUCGUUAUUUCCCUACCAAAAAUUCACUGUCAUCCCCCUCAAGUAAAAGGACAAUAUUUAAAUGAUGAAGUUAAAGCUGCAAUGCAUUAUGUCUUACGUUGUGGCAUCACAUCAGUUGAAUCAAUUCAAAAAAAACUUUACCAAAUAGUCGAUCAAGAAUUUGAAAAUGAUCCAAUCAAACCGUCCAGAGACAAUUCAGCAUUUUAUCCUAAUCAAAAAACAAUAUACAAUCAUUUGAGGCGAGAUGGUCUUAAAAUAAAAAGACCCCAUAAGAAAAAUUCCACUGAACUGACAGAGUUAAAAAUAAAAACGAAUAAAUUGUUAAAUUUUAUUUUGGUCAAAAUUAGUGAAUGUUAUGAUUUAAAUAUUUUAACACAAGUUUAUAAGAAAUGUCAAAGUGUUGAAGAUAUUUUAGUAAAUCAUUCGGAAGAAAAAAUUUAA